UUGCUCGCUGGUCAACUCUGAGUCCGACGUGGAGGGUCUCAGUCGUGUGACUCUUUCUCUAUGUUCGUCGGUGCUCCGUAUGCGGUAGUGGAAACCCUUGGAUUCGUAGCGCUCGAAACGCUGGCACUCGGUGCACAGAGGACGAGGCCAGUGGGGUUCCACUGGCGUCCACGGAAUGGUGAUCAUUUCGUUAAAGGGCAACAAUAUCGAGUAAGGCGGAAAGUGACGUGGACGCGGACCGACGAAUACCCACCGUGUAUCGAGUACCUAGAGCUGCUGAUCGUCCAGGCUUGGAAAACGGACGUGGAAGGCGAUCUCCUCGGCUUCCUUUUCGGAUCAGUACAGCCAGGCCAUCACCAGCCUAUCAUUCAAGAACCCAUCAUCCCGCUCGUGCAAUUGGCUGACGAUCUCCCCCUCGACAUCGUUUCGCAAAGCGACGACAGUCCCGCUCCGCACGUCGUCACACGAGCCUUAGCGCCGUAUCUUCAGUGGACUGCUUGCUUGGAGGAACCCGGGAGUGACAGCACCUUGCCAUCACGUCAUGAGUACUUGAAGUCGUAUGGAAUCAUUGAUCGGGCCUUCUAUCCGAAGGAGCCUAAGGAGGUGCUUCAAGAAGAAGAAGAAGCCACCGAAGAAGAGGGCGACGCCGACGAGGAAACGUCGGAGGAGGGAAGUUACAGUGAGUACAGCGAAGGGGAGCAGAGUGAAGGGACAGAGGAGGUAGAAGAAGAAGAAGAAGAAGACGAAGAGGAGGAAGCCAAAUCGGAGUGGGAGGAUCUGCCGAAAGAAGCGGCGCGCAUAGGCAUGAAAGUGGAAGAUCCCGAAGCGGCACGAAGAAGGGAAGAGAUCGCCGUCGGGAAAAACCAGUUCGAGACCGCCAGCGGGGCAAGCUUGUGCAUCAACGACGACCCGACCAGGGAUCCAGAGCCCCCCGAACCCGAGGAUGGCGAAUCAGCAACCGCGGCUAUGAGCGCAUCGUGACGGAGACGGAGCCGAGCCCCCUCCCCCUCCUCCCCAACCCGUCCCCCAGUUCGUCCACGU